AUGGCUAAUCCUAAGUAUGCCGAUUUACCUGGCAUCGCAUAUGAUCAGGUUGAUGUCUAUGAGACUACUGAUUUACCGGAAUCAGAACAAUUUCAACUUUACCCCGAGGAUGAGACUGAUUCUAUAGAGACGUUACAUAUUAGUGCCAGUGAAGCAUUUAAUAAGUUUAAAGGUAAACAUAUCGUUAAUAAGGGAGCUGAUUUUUCAGACCGAAUAUCACUCAAACCAAGGACAGGCUAUAAAUUUGGAAAUUGGGAACUACUUGGAGAAGGAGAGAAUGAAACUCCUAUCCAAAAAUAUCAACGUUUGCAAUGUGAAGUUAAAGACUUGUAUGAAGAAGUGAAUACUUUGAAGGAAAAAGCAAAAGAUGAAGAAGUGAAAUCUGUAGCUGAUAUUAUUUCUCAAGUGCAACUUUUAGCAAAGCAAUUAGAUACCUUGAAACUAGAGGAAUGCUUGGGUCCAGAUCUUAUUGCAACCCUGUCAGAUCCACAAGGCAUGAGGAUGAAACAAUUGAUAUCACAAAUAGAAGCAUUCAAGCAAACCAGUAUUCCUACUUCUGAAACUGUUCCAAAAGCAGAGAUUACAAAAGAUGAUAAAACAAGUGAAUCAGGUGUACUUAAGUAUCAGAUGAUGUAUCUUCCAGAAAAGGCAAGAAUGCAGGAAACGGCCAGAAUCGCAGUACUUGAACAGAGGCUUUGCAGCUUAGAAACUGUUAUCGGAACGACUAGCGACAAGCUAUCGAAAUUUUCACAGAAUCUUAAAGGUCAAGGAGUGAUAGAAUCUCUUCAAGAAUUGGGAGCCAAAGCUGCAUUGUUAGAUACUUACCAAAUAGACGUGGCCGAAACUCGAUUAGCUGCUUUAAUCCAUAGAAUGGAUAACAUUGCACAGAAGAAAACUGCGUUAGCAUUAGAUUCGGAACAAGAGCAAAAAAUUUCGGAAAUGUAUGAUAUUAUGAAACAAACAGAAACGAUGUCACAAAUUCUACCCCAAACCGUAAACCGAAUGUUAGCCUUGAACAGUAUUCAUCAACAAGCUGCUACGCUGAACAAAUCACUAGCGCGUUUGGAAGAAUUAGAAACGCAAAUAACUUCUGAUUUGGAAAGCAACAAAUCUCUAUUGAAAGGAGUACAAGAAAGCUUUGAAAAUGAAAGGAGAAAUAUUACACUUUAA